AGCAAGCUUUCCGUUACGACCCACCCGGCCUCAUCAUCAUCCCCUUCCCUUUCUUUCAUUUUGAACCGACGCUCUCCGACCCGUCUCUCUCUCUCCCCCAAACCACCCCGCUCCCACUCCAUACUGUCAAGAGAGGGAGAGCGAAGCGGCUGCCUCCACCUCCGCGUCCGCGCCCACUCCGAUCCGCCCGCACACCUAACACCAGUCUACCGGGCACUGCCACACGCUCGAGAUGGAGUUCCACGGGCUGGUGGUGGUGUCCGACCCCUACCUUCAACGCCGCUUCACGCAGGCCGACCUCCGCGCACUCCAGGCCCAGUUCGCGGCGCUGCGGGACGCGUCACCCACCAGGAGGCUGCGGCUGCGGGACCUCCCCGCCGCCAUCUCCUGCCUCCGAGGCGCCACCGUCGCUGUCAAGGGGGACGCCGAGAAGGAGAACAGCGCGCCGGAGCCGGGCACGGCCCCGGGCCCUGGGCUCACCGAUGAGGAAUGGGCCUCCGUGCUCAAGGCCGUAGCGCGCGCCGACGAGAAGCCGCACCAGGACGCCAGCUUCGAGCUCUUCCUCCGCGUUUACGCCGAGAUGCAGCUGCGGCUCAAGGCGAGUGGCAGCGGGAGGAAGCCGGGCGCCGGCGCCUGCAUCGCGCGCUCCUCGUCCUCCUCGGCCGUCGCGUUCCUCACGGCGGCCACCACCACUCUGCUACACACCAUCAGCGAGUCCGAGAAGGCGUCCUACGUCGGACACAUCAACGCCUACCUCGCGGAGGAUCCCUUCCUCAAGGAUGCACUCCCCAUCGAUCCGGUCACCGAUCACCUCUUCCAUAUCACCAAGGACGGAGUUCUCCUGUGCAAGCUCAUCAACCUGGCCGUGCCGGGCACCAUCGACGAGCGCGCCGUCAACACCAAGAGGGUGCUUAAUCUGUGGGAGAAGAACGAGAACCAUACGCUCUGCCUCAACUCCGCCAAGGCGAUCGGCUGCACCGUCGUCAACAUCGGCACACAGGACCUCGCCGAAGGGAGGCCUCAUCUUGUCCUGGGCUUAAUUUCUCAAAUAAUCAAGAUACAACUGUUGGCAAAUGUAAACCUGAAAAGCACACCUCAGUUGGUUGAAUUAGUUGAGGACAGCAAGGAGAUGGAGGAGCUUAUGAGCUUAUCUCCUGAAAAAAUUCUACUAAGGUGGAUGAACUUUCAACUGAAGAAAGGAGGUUACCAGAGAACAGUAACGAACUUUUCAUCAGAUAUAAAAGACAGUGAGGCGUAUGCUUGUCUGUUGAAUGUCCUGGCACCUGAAUGCAGUGUGAAACCAUCCGCGAUAUCAGUAAAAGACCUCCUUCCUAGAGCAAGAUUAAUCCUUGAACAUGCUGAUAGGAUGGGCUGCAAAAGAUAUCUAACCCCAAAAGACAUAGUUGAUGGUUUACCAAAUCUAAAUCUUGCCUUUGUGGCUCAUAUUUUCCAGAAAAGAAAUGGGUUGUCCAAACAAAUGAAACAAGUUUCCUUUGUGGAUGGACUCUCGGAUGAUGCUCAAGUCUCAAGGGAAGAAAGGUCAUUCCGGCUAUGGAUUAACAGCCUUGGCAUUUCUAGUUAUAUCAACAAUGUGUUUGAAGACCUUAGAAAUGGAUGGGUACUCCUUGAGGUGAUUGACAAGAUUGCUCCUGGCUCUGUUAAUUGGAAGAUGGCAAAUCGCCCACCAAUAAAACUACCAUUCAGGAAAGUAGAAAAUUGCAAUCAAGUUUUGAACAUUGGAAAAGAACUAAAAUUUUCCUUGGUGAAUAUUGCUGGAAAUGAUAUUGUGCAAGGAAACAAGAAACUGAUAUUAGCUUUUCUGUGGCAAUUGAUGCGGUACAAUAUUCUUCAACUUCUGAAGAAUCUUAGAUUUCGGUCAAAUGGAAAAGAGAUCAGGGAUAAUGACAUAUUGGCAUGGGCCAAUAAAAAAGUAAAAGACUCUGGAAAGCACAACUCUCGCAUGGAAAGUUUCAAGGAUAGAAGCCUUUCAAAUGGCACCUUUUUCCUUGACUUGCUGAGUGCUGUGGAGCCUCGAGUUGUGAAUUGGAGCCUUGUAACCAAAGGGGAAAAAGUUGAAGAGAAGCAAAUGAAUGCUUCAUACAUCAUUUCGGUGGCUAGGAAGCUUGGUUGCUCCAUCUUCUUGUUACCAGAAGAUAUAUUGGAGGUGAACCAGAAGAUGAUGCUAACUCUGACAGCAAGCAUCAUGUACUGGUAUUUGAAAAGGCCAACAUCAUAUUCAUUGGACAGUGAAAACGGGAGUUCAUGUGAGACAAGCUCCACCUCAACUUCAGAUGAUUCUGCAUCUGAAUCAUCGAUCGAUGACAGUGCAGGUAGAUAGAAGUGCAGGAUCAUGAAGAGAAAUGAUUUGACUGGCUUUUUUUCAAAACUUGGAUACUUCUCAUCCCGGCGCAGCCAUGGUUGUGUUCUUGAUUCUUUGCUGUAAUUUUAGGAGCAAAUGCAUUCAAGACCGAAGGGAAGGGAACGGUGAAGGGUUCUGAGUGUUUUAUUUGUGAGGUUUUGUAGUGUGAGUUUGUUUGGAUGAAAGAUGUGUAACAUCCUGUAAAUAUUGACACAGGUAGCCUAUAUCCGUAAUAUCAUGUAGUGACAGUGGAUUGUGCAAAAUCCACGUAGUUUGGUUUGUUCUUGGGCAUUUUUUCUUUGCAACAUGUCAAGAUACUAGUUGCAGUUUAGGGGCGUAGUUGGGUUGCAACAUGUCAAGACUAGUUGGGUUGCAGUGUACGAUAAAUCAGUGUCCUAACUAUGUUGUUAAGAGUUUUAGGAACAUGUUUAUUCA